UGAAUUUAUGCCUAGGCAACCGUAACCUUAAAUAUUUUAGACUGAUGGUGAAACGUGAAAGCAAAAACUCUUUUAAUGCUCUUUAAAAAGAUCAAGGUCAAGCAACCAACCAGCCACUUACCCCUCAUUUGUUGAGAGCAGACCCACUCCACAUAAACACAACCAGUGUAACAAGGUUUGAUAAAUAGAGGGUGUUAAGAAGUAAAGUUAGAUUGGCCUUGUGUUGUGCUUUGUUUGUUGUCAAAAGGAAAGUGGGCACAAAUGGUUCACACAGCCUUGAACACUCAAGGAUACACAAAUAGACAAGCAUGUCCACAUGCUAUCAUGCCCAUAAGCCAUUAAUUGCCAUACCAGUGAGGGACCACUAGUCUGAUGUCUUGCGCCAUUCCAGCUGAAACAGAGAACAUUUUUAUUCUGAAUAUUUAGAGUUUGUAACACUCUGUGGAUGUGUUUGAUAAGAGAGACGGUCAGCUCCUAUCAAAUCUUUAGCUCAUGAAUCACCAUCUAUCUCAGUAAACGUGUCAUCUGCAUAUGUUUGGUUCUAGACACUCAUCAUGAACUCUAACACCGAAGCUUCGUCUACAAACCAAACCGACUGUGCUGAGGUCCAAGUGCCCAUGGAGGUUUUUAUGGCCAUCACCAUGGCCAGUCUUAGUGAAAACAUCUUGGUGGUUGUGGCAGUGAUCAAAAACAAAAACCUUCACUCUCCCAUGUACUGCUUCAUCUGCAGCCUGGCUGCGUUCAACACCAUCUCUGGACUCUUCAAGACCCUGGAGAACAUCUUGCUGUUGUUUAUCGAUGCUGGACAGCUGAACUCCACUGGUAAUUUCGAGCUGAAGAUAGAUGACAUCAUGGACUCGCUACUUUGCAUGUGCUUCCUAGGUUCAUUUUUCAGUAUCCUUGCCAUAGCUGUGGAUCGAUACAUCACCAUAUUCCACGCGUUACGGUAUCACACGCUCAUGACCAUGCGUAGAGUGGUGGUUAUUUUGUCAACCAUCUGGGUGAUGUGUGGCAUCUGCGGGGUGCUCAUGAUUGGGUUUUUCCAGAAAGCCAUGGUGAUGAUCUUCUUUGUCGUGCUCUUCUUCAUCGCUCUGCUCUUCAUCCUUCUGCUCUAUGUGCACAUGUUCCUGCUAGCACGCCACCAUGCCAACAGGAUCGCAUCUAUGCCAGGUGCCAGAUCUCGUCACAGUAGAAGCGGUAUGAGGGGGGCGCUGACGCUCACCAUUUUGAUUGGGGUGUUUCUGGUCUGCUGGGCUCCAUUUAACCUUCAUUUGCUGAUAAUUAUGAUCUGCCCAGAGAACCCGUACUGUGAAUGUUACCGCUCUCUCUUCCAGCUACAUGUUGUGUUACUGGCGAGUCACGCAGUUAUUGAUCCAGCCAUCUAUGCCUUCCGAAGCGCAGAGCUGAGGAACACCUUCAAGAAAAUGUUCUUGUGCACGGGUUCAGGGAUCUGUAAAGAGUGUAUCUGAGAGGGAGAAACAUGUCUGACCAGUAAGGGCCAGAUACCUUUUCAAAUGUGGAAUAAAGUAGGUGGUACAUGCAGAAGGAAAAAUUCAACUCACACGUGCUAAAAAAUCAAAAUGACAUUUAUUAAAUACAGAAAUAUGCAUGCAUUCAUUAACUGUAGCAGCUAAUUAACAUAAGGUAGGGUAAGAUAUUACCCUUAACAUUGCUCUUCACAAAAAUUUGACAUCUUUUCUGCAGUAGCCUACAGUCUUUCACAGAUAUCAUUCCAAAUAUUUGUAAACAACAAAAAGUUUGUAAAGAAUCACCAGCAGCUUGUACUUUUCCAAUAGAGGGAAAGAUCAGGCAUCUACAUGCAUAUAUUUUUAUACACUUGACAUUUAAAUAACACACAAUUUUACACAAAUAUCCUUUGUUUUCUUGACAUGCAUUUAGAGUUUUGGAAAUGUUCUUAAAUAAUUUCUUCUUGUAUUUUUUUGCAUGAUUUUUAACUUGCACUGUAAAACUUACAACCUUUAAAAAUGUCUUUAGUUGGUCUAACCUGAUUAAGUCAGGUUGACUUUGAUGUGAAUAAAACCAUUU